UUGAUGGCAGCGGCAGCUGGGACUGCAGCGACGCCCGGACCCGAGAGUCGCAGGCAGCGGCCGGAGCGCGCAGCCGAACGCCCGGGCCCCAGACGCCGCGGACACCCGGAGAGGCAGUUCCGGUGCCCUGACGCCUCCCUUGGUCCCCAGCGCAGCCCCAACCCCCUCCGCAGAGAAGUCGCAGCGUGAGCGCCCCUCGGCCGGCUCAGGACCAGCAUGGGAGGAAACUGAUGAAAACAGUAGCAGGAAGAACUCAGCUACGGGACUAAGGACCAAAAUUUGGGCACCGAGAUCCUCCAUCUCUGCCCCCAGCUAUGAGCCGGCGCGUGGUUCGGCAGAGCAAGUUCCGCCAUGUGUUUGGACAGGCGGCAAAGGCUGACCAGGCCUACGAGGACAUCCGUGUGUCCAAGGUCACAUGGGACAGCUCCUUCUGUGCCGUCAACCCCAAAUUCCUGGCCAUUAUUGUGGAGGCUGGAGGUGGAGGUGCCUUCAUCGUCCUGCCUCUGGCCAAGACAGGGCGAGUGGAUAAGAACUACCCACUGGUCACUGGGCACACUGCCCCUGUGCUGGACAUCGACUGGUGCCCACACAAUGACAACGUCAUCGCCAGUGCCUCAGAUGACACCACCAUCAUGGUGUGGCAGAUUCCAGACUAUACCCCUAUGCGCAACAUUACAGAACCCAUCCUCACACUCGAGGGCCACUCCAAACGUGUGGGCAUCCUCUCCUGGCACCCCACUGCCCGGAAUGUCCUGCUCAGUGCAGGUGGUGACAAUGUGAUCAUCAUCUGGAACGUGGGCACUGGGGAGGUGCUUCUGAGUCUAGACGACAUACACCCGGACGUCAUCCACAGCGUGUGCUGGAACAGCAACGGGAGGCUGCUAGCCACCACCUGCAAGGACAAGACCCUGCGCAUCAUCGACCCCCGCAAGGGCCAGGUGGUGGCGGAGCGAGCCCGGCCUCACGAGGGCGCCCGCCCGCUGCGGGCCGUCUUCACCGCAGACGGGAAGCUACUCAGCACCGGCUUCAGCAGGAUGAGUGAGCGGCAACUCGCGCUCUGGGACCCGGAGAGGUUUGCGGCCCACGAGGGAAUGAGGCCCAUGCGGGCCGUCUUCACGCGCCAGGGUCAUAUCUUCACCACGGGCUUCACCCGCAUGAGCCAGCGAGAGCUGGGCCUGUGGGACCCGGUAACGCAGCUGGACGCUUGGGUUUUGCUGCGUCGCCUGAAGGAGCCCCCGCUGGCGCCCCUGCCUGGUGAUGCCGAGUCCCUGGGGGUGGUUUGCGGUGACUGCAUGCGGCGGCGCAGGGGGUAUCGGUGCGGGGGACCGAGAGUGGUGUCCAGGUUUGGGGUCUGCAGCUCUCUUCACCAGAGUUGCCUUGGGAAUGCGUGGGCUUUGGGGAGGGCACGAAGCGUACAGGAGCUUCAAGGGGUCCAGAGCGGCACGGGGGGCGGGACAGGGCUGGUCACGCCUCCUAUGCUCGGGCAGAACAACUUCGAGGAGCCAGUGGCACUGCAGGAGAUGGACACAAGCAACGGGGUCCUGCUGCCCUUCUACGAUCCCGACUCCAGCAUCGUCUACCUGUGUGGCAAGGGCGACAGCAGCAUUCGGUACUUUGAGAUUACCGAGGAACCACCUUUCGUGCAUUACCUGAACACGUUCAGCAGCAAGGAGCCGCAGAGGGGCAUGGGCUUCAUGCCCAAGCGGGGACUGGAUGUCAGCAAGUGCGAGAUUGCACGGUUCUACAAGUUGUACGAAAGAAAGUGUGAACCCAUCAUCAUGACUGUGCCCCGCAAGUCAGACCUGUUCCAAGACGACCUUUACCCAGAUACGCCGGGCCCCGAACCGGCCCUAGAAGCGGAUGAAUGGCUAUCCGGCCAGGACGCCGAACCCGUGCUCAUCUCGUUGAGGGACGGUUACAUGCCCCCCAAGCACCGCGAGCUGCGGGUCACCAAGCGCAACAUCCUGGACGUGCGCCCGCCCCCCGGCCCCCGCCGCAGCCAGUCAGCCAGCGACCCCCCCUUGUCGCAGCACACCCUGGAGACACUGCUGGAGGAGAUCAAGGCCCUGCGCGAGCAGGUGCAAGCCCAGGAGCAGCGCAUCACGUCUUUGGAGAACAUGCUGUGCGAGCUGGUGGACGGCACGGACUAGCGCAUCGCGCCGGGGAAGCUCCAAGCCGGGAGGGCAAAGUGGGGCGGAGCGCAAGCACUCCCGCGCCGCCCCGGCUUUGGGCCC